AUGCUAUGGCGAUCACUUUUAGUGGCUACUAUUUCGUCCCACCCAUGGCUGUUGACUCCAGCGUUGCGGACGCUCUCCGUCAUCGCUCACCCUCGACUAUCUUUCUUGGAUGUGAAUAAGAAUGCCAUAUUACGCGGGAUCCUAAAAACAACAUUCUACAACCACUUCUGCGCUGGGGAGAACGCUGCCGAAGUCACUGGUACUAUUGACCGGAUCAAGCACAUGGGUUUUAAAGGUGUCAUCCUUACAUACGCUCGAGAAAUUGUGGUCGACGCCUCAUCCCAGAAGGCCAAUAGCCCUACAACGAACAAUGAGAAGGCCAACGCACAAGCGACAAAGAGCCCUGAAAUUGAAGCCUGGAGGCAAGGGGUUCUGGAGACGGUCGAAAUGGUGGGAGCUGAUGAUUUCUUGGCCCUGAAACUCACUGGGGCAGGUCCUCAAGUAAUGGAUGCGCUCUCUUCCAACCAGCCCUUACCGGAGCAGAUGAUAUUUGCUUUGCAGGAUGUCUGCACUCGUGCUAUUGAGCGUAAUGCACGCAUCUUUGUCGACGCAGAGCAGCAGUCUGUCCAAUCCGGUAUUGAUGCUGUUGCUCUAGAUCUGAUGCGUCGCUACAAUCGAAACGGUAUUGCCGUGGUAUACAAUACUUACCAAGCAUAUCUCAAGUCAACUCCCGAGAAUCUUCUUUCCCAUCUUGGCAUAGCAGACAAGGAAGGGUUCACUCUGGGUGUGAAACUAGUCCGAGGCGCAUAUAUCAACUCCGAGCCACGCCAUUUGAUUAAUGAUACAAAACCGGGUACAGAUGACUCUUACAACGCAAUUGCAGCUGGAAUUCUGCGCCGCCAAUACGGUUCCUUUGGGGUUGAACGACAGUUCCCCUCUGCAGAGCUGUUUCUUGCUACACAUAAUAAGGAAAGUGCUCUAGCAGCCGACUCCUUAUACAAGGACCGACUUGCCGCUGGGCAACCCACAACUAAGGUGCAGUAUGGACAGUUGCUGGGGAUGGCGGACGAGGUUAGUUGUCGUCUGCUGCAGCUUCGUGAUGACAGCAGUCAAGCGGCACAAAAGGCGUCUCCUGAAGUAUACAAGUGUCUCAGUUGGGGAACUCUCGGGGAUUGUCUAUCGUACCUUCUGCGUCGGGCCGUGGAGAAUCGUGAUGCGGUAGGACGGACGAAGCAGGAAUAUUAUGCUCUUAAGACGGAGGCCAAGCGUCGGAUAAAGAAUAUGCUUAGUCUUCGGUGGUCUUGCCGCCGACGUAAGGUGAAAUGCUCUGGAGAUCAGCCCUGUCGCAGCUGCGUUAGACAUAACUGGGAAUGUGUACCUGGCCAUGCCGGUCGUAGAAGGUAUACCGAGGCACAUGUCAAAAAUCUACUAGAUAAGAUUCGAUUAUAUGAAGAGCAACUUAAUACUCUUUCGCAAGCUCCCCCUGCCACAUCGGGCACAGGUAUUCGCAAUGAAUACACAGCUGAAGCCAUGCCUUAUCAAGAAAGCGACGCGGGGAUUAGCCCAGCAACCGAUUUGACUUCAGGACCGGCAUUUGAAUCCCAAGUCAAGUCACUUCUUGAUAGGAACCACCCAACCAACAGCGCAAUCUUACGGACCCCCGAUAACAGAGGCUCCACUGAAGCUGCAACGAAAUGGACGUCGGCGAGGCCACUGGUCAGCGAAAAUGCUGUGCCGACCAUCCCAUCUUUAGAGGAGUCACAGCAUCUACUCGAUCGGUUCCUCUUUUACCUUGGUGUUAGCCAGCAUUUUUUUGACCCCCGCACCUUUUCUGAUAACAUGGUACUGCUCUUCCAGGGUGACCAAACACAGGAACGCCAGAUGCACACGACCUGGUUCACCGAGUAUCUGCUUGUCAUGGCAAUGGCCAAGCUGAUGGAUGUAGAAGACCCUUCCUCCCAACCCCCAGGUGCGAGUCUUUUUGCAGAAGCAAUGAGACGGUUGUCUCCCUUGCAUCAAUUGGGCGAGGAAGGGGCUAUUGCUGUUGAGAUCCUAACACUCGUCGCCACCUACCUCCAGUGGUGCGACCGGAAGCAUGAUGCGUAUCUAUAUAUCGGCCUCGCUUUACGACUAGCUAUAGCCUUGGGCUGUGAUAAACCAGCCCGUGAACAACGCUGUCUGCCUUCAGAGACAGCUCAUCGCGUGAGACUUUGGUGGACAGUGUACAUGCUGGAUCGACGUCUUUCUUCCGGCCUAGGGCUGGCGGCUGGCUCAGAUGAGCGACAGCUGCGCGCUGAGCUGCCUCGGCAAGCCAUUGGGUUUCAGUCCCCCAUUGCUUUGGCUAUCAAUGUCCGUAUUGCGCGUGCUACGGAUGAGAUCAUGUCGUCUCUAUAUGGAAAUACAUCCAUUACUCAAAUGGAGCUUGUCCGCAAAAUCCAAAAGAUCCUUCAGGAUCUUUAUGAAACAGGCCGUUCUUUCCCCCCUGCUCUUGUCCUUGAUUUCAGCCGUCCUUUGCAGACAGUAACACGGACAGGCGCGUCGCUCUACCUGAUGUUGUUCCAGGCCAUUAUACUUUGUACUCGCCCUGUUCUUCUGCAACGUGUUCGUCGGGAGGUCCAAAGACAAAAUAAUCAACAAGCACUGCAGCCUCUCCCAGCAGCGCUAGGCCGCCUAUGUGAGACGUGUAAUGAGGCCGCGACGAAAAGUCUAGCCAUUCUUCACGCACUUAAGCAAAAACAGACCAUACCCCGAUAUGGCUUUUUCGAUUUGGACGCUACAUUUUCCGGCGCCUUUGUUCUAGUCAUGAUGGGCCUCGUGGACAAGGCUCAGGAUCAGCCUCCCCCAGCCCUAGACCAAGCAUUCGAUGUUCUUCGGUUUCUGUCCCGAGCUGGUAACCUAGCCGCCGAGCGACGUUUACAAGACAUCACACAUUCUUGUUUGCACGUAUGGCCAAACCAUAUUCUAGGCGCAGAUAGAGAGCAAGACGAAGAAGUAGAUGGAGGCUCGCCGAGUGCAAUCAAUUUAUCUUUGCUCGGCCCGAGAGUAGACGCAACGGGCUCUCACACAUCGGCUUCGGCCCUUCCUCCACAGCCACCAUCCCAAUACACGGCCGUGGCUACCGAAUGCUGGGAACAAGACCGGGAUGAAAGCCGGCUUCUGGACACGUGGAUGCACCCGGAUGCCGCUAAUGCGAUAUUUGAUAUGCAAGUGGACUGGGAUUGGAAUCUCGACCUUUCGGUGGAGGCGGAGGGGAUUUACACCAGUUUUUUUGAUCCAUCCCUGCCACUUACCGGUGUAGACCACUCGGAUUGGUUGGAGAUUGAAAAGAUCUUUAACGGACAGAAUGACCCGUAG